AGCCUGUCGACAUUCUGACCUUAUUGACUCUAGCCAAAUCAGUCUUGGUGGACUUUGAGUCGUAUCACUGCCCGAUGCAUAGUUAAGAGACCUUCACGUAUCCUGCUGUUGGCACCCGAACGCAAUGGACCGCCAUCCACUCUCCUUGUCACUAGCCCGACUGGCCCCACAUUCCCUCUUCAUUGAUGACCCGGAGGAUCCACCGCCACCACGUCCGAUAUCGUCUGCGCCCGAGGAACCGGACGGCGAUAUCCCAGCCCUGAGCAUCACACACAAUUACACCGGACCGUAUCCCGCUGCUUCUUUGGGCGCAAACCUAGAGGUCGGAUUGGAGUUACGCAAUGUCAGCCAGGCAGGUGUCAAAGGAGUCAGGAUGAUGUGUGAGGUUCAAGGACCUGGAGGGAGAUAUAGACUGGGCGAGGUCGUUCACGGGCAGCAGGAAGAAAUCGCUUCAGCAACCGUGCCAGAGACCAAUGCGGAGGAUAAAGCGAAUAUCAGUGACUCGACUACAAAGGCUGGAAGUCAAGACGGCGAGACACAGGGGCCGCUUGAAUCGGAUCCUGGCCCAGGAUCCGCUGCUUCUGCUCCACCCCCCGCUCUCAUAGACCCUGAACUGCCUGCUGGGGAUCACGUCAAGCUGGAUGUCGAGACCGAGAUCAAAGAGCUUGGUAUGCACAUUCUCAUCUGCUCGGUAGCUUGGGAGACACCAGAUGGCCGGAGGACGUUCCAACGGUUUCUCAAGUUCAACGUAACGCCACCACUCGCCAUCAAGACUCGAAUCUACAACUCGCCUCAUCCCAAUACGACACUUGAUCCCGUCGCUCGAGAAUACAUCUACCUCGAAAUCUUGAUGCAGAAUAUCUCCUUCCAAGGGCUGAUGUUUGAUCGGGUGGUGCUUGAAACGGUUUACGGGCUAUCGACGCUUCCCCUAUCAUCUGAAGAAGAGAAGACCAAACACGGGGAAAUCGGAGGAGUCCUCCUGCCUGGAAAUACGAGACAACAACUGUUCAAGCUAGCUCCAACUUCUCCAAAAGCCAUCCAAGGUCCAGCGGCAGAUUCGGCUGCUAGUUCGUCGUCGACGAAAGCUUCCAAUCUCCCCCACAGCUCAUUCUUACCUACUCAUCCUCCUGGAAGUAUCCUCCCGCUGGGUCGACUGGACCUCACGUGGCGCGCUGGCGAGACGCACGACAAAGGCCGGCUGCAGACAUCCACUCUGAAUCGUCGAAUACCAAAUGCUCCUCCGCCUCUUCAUCCUGCACUCCCCGGCGCCAAUGCCACUGCUACACGGGCAAUGGCUCCUGCUACUGCCGCAACGCCUUCACCGGCACACGCCAGUAUCGCUCGUAUGGCCAGUCCAAAGCCGCCUGUACUACCGCUGCAAGACGAUGAUCAGGCUCUUGAGUACGAUCUGACCGUCCUUGGGGAUCGUGACGUCUUGGUUGAAGAGGAGUUUGAGCUUCAAAUCCGAGUUGGAGUCAGGUCUCCUCCGAUAGAUGAUGAGCUAGAUCAACCGACUCCUCCAGCACCCGUCCGCAUUGCUCUGCAAUACCUUGUCAAAUCUCCGCCUGCACCACCACCUCCACUACCACCACCUUUAUCUCCACAAUCCCCUCCAUCCCAAACCCGCUCACUCAUACCCACUCCGUUGCUUGACAGCAUAUCCCGAGCAUCAACACCGCUCUCGAAUCGUUCCCCGGCUUUAGGUUCGGCAUCAGCAAUGGCUAGAUCGAGUACUACCAUGUCUGCUGGUCGAGGCGCCCAAGGCACGAUCUCCGCUAGACCAUUUUCACCAUUGUCCAGUCCACCAAUGACUUCUUCUGCGCCCAUGACCCCCGUUCAGACUCAACUUCGACAAGCUACAAAUCAAGCGCUGUAUUCGCCAAAGUUGGAGGCGAGACCGGUAUCACCACUGCCUCCAGCUCUCAGUCGAUUCCCGCCAUUACCGUUUGUCUCUGCAACCGCCCCAGGACCUUCUUUCCGGCCGUCAUCAACCACUGGCGCGGGACCACCACCUCCAGCUCCCCAGAACACCCUUCUCAACACUGGUCGUAUUCAUUAUCUGGGUUCGUCUCUUCAGAUUGAAAAGAAUCUCAAAGACUGGACUCUGGUGGAAGAGCGUAUGGGAACGACGUAUACCGAUCCCACAGCACCGUCCAGAAGAUGGGAGACUGUCCAUAUGUUCAAGCUGAGGUUCAUUGCUCUUGAUGAGGGCCUUGCAGAGCUCGGCGGUGUCAGAGUAUUGGUCGUGGAGGAUGAGAAAGGAUUGAGUGGAAGUAUAGCUCGGGAGUGGAACUCAAUAGGAGAUGUGUGGGUGACAGAUUGACAGACUUGCAUAGAGCGGUUUGCGGCUCGCUACUAGAUCCUGGAUGCAAUCGUCAAGUUUGGCAUUCCACUGCGUAUCAAAGGGAUACAUAAUCCGUUGCAUCGAGCUACUAGAUAUCUGAUGCCGGUUCUCUAUAAUCCAUCGCCCAUCGAUACUCAAGCUACAUCCAAUCAAAGAUCUACUUGCCCUCGAACAUCUUCUUGAUGUGAGCGGUAGAGAAGGACUUGGGGCGCUCAAGGGGCAUCUAGUGACAGCGUCAGCGUGCGUCUCUUCAUGGGUCUUUGAGCCAAGGCACUCACUCCAAGGGCUCGGUCCCAGAUGAGUU